UCUCUCUGUUUCUCUGCCCCCUCUCUCUCUCACCCGCCCUUUCACUCUCCUCCACCCCUGUUCCUUCGUUCCCAUAGGACCUGACAGACACAACUGAGUCGCUCUCUUCCUCUCUCUUCAUAUCUCUCCAUCUCUCUCCACACCACCCUCCUGAAAUACUCAUAAAACAUCUUGCUUUUCAAAAGCAUCAAUUAUUUCAGUGAUCUUCUAUUUCAGUGCCGUUCUAAUGCAACUCUUUUUAAUUGACACAGCAGAAGGCAGAACUCGUCACCAUGUCUGACUGGAAUGGCCUUGGAUUUCUUCUCCUGGGAGCUAGGUUGAUCACUGUGUGUGGAGAGGCUCUGGUGGCUCCUGGUGCUACAUUGGCUCCACCCAUUGCAAGUAUGAACCCAAAGGAGACGGGGCCAAGUGGACGACCUCCGACCCCUGGGCCGACGCAGCACACCAGAGUCAACGAGCUCAGGGAGAAGUUCAUGAAUGAGCUCAAGCAUAUACCUCUUCCCAAGUGGGCAGUGGUGGCUCUAGUCUUUGUGCUGCUCCUGCUGCUGCUGAGCUGCUGUUUCUGCUGCUGCCGUAAGACUCUGUUCAAGAAGAAGAAAGAGAAGAAAGGAAAGGAGAAGGGAGGGAAGAACGACCUUGACCUUGACCUCACGGACAUGAAGGACGAGAGGACACCGCGGGACUGA